GCUGGAGCGAGGAAAGGCUCCCAUGUGGAUGACACUGACUGGGGCAGGAGUGGAGCAGAGGCCCCAUGUGGGGUGUGGGGUUGUGGGGCAGGAGGCCGCAGUGCGGUGAAGGUGCCUAAGGCCGCAGUGGGGAAGAGUCCCCAUGUGGGGUGCGAGGGCCUGGAGCUGGAGUAGGGAAGGAUCCCCAUGUGGAGCUGGGCAGGCGGAAAGCAGCCUGGGGGUACCCAGGGCCUCCCCCUUGCCGGAAGGGAUGCUGGGACCUGUCACCCGCCACCCGUGGCCCUCCCUCAGUGUCCCCCUAGGGUGACACCGGUCACACAGGUGCCCUGAGCUCCCUGUUCGGUGUCAGCAAGCCACCAUGUCACCCAGCCAGGAACCUGUUUUCCCUGACUAUGAGACAGAGACCAGCCAGACCUCGAAGCUGAUAAAAAAAUUUAAGGAGACACCAUUUGUGCCCAUUGGGAUGGGUGGCUUCGCUGGCGUAGUUGCCUACGGGCUGUACAAGCUGAAGCACAGAGGUAACAUGAAAAUGUCCCUGCACCUGAUCCACAUGCGCGUGGCAGCCCAGGGCUUCGCCGUGGGAGCCCUGACGUGUGGUGUACUGUAUUCCCUGUUCAGGGAUUAUGUGGUGAAGCCCAAGGAAUAGGGGGAAGCCCUCUGAAAUCCCUGUCCUGGUGGUGGUGACCUGUGUACUGCAGCUCCAAACCUCCUGUCAAGGGGUUCUUGAGGAAAGCAAAUAAUACAUGGCAUUAGAGAAUUGUUCUAUUUUGUGUAUGGUACACUGUGCUGAACCUGGCAGCCUCAGAAUGUCCACUGGGGGAGUGGGUGUUGGGGUCUGAGUCUCUGAUUGACACCACCACAUCCCAGUUUGUAGGGGAUAUCGUGGAGUGCAAUCCCUCUAUCUUCCCCUUCAGCUCAGUCCUAAAACCAGUGACUUCUUUUGCUGUUGUUGCCCAAAACCAUGAUGUCUGAACUGGCUUCUGUCAGGGAAUGUCAGGAAUACCUUGCUGUCAUUUUCUAGCCUCUGCCUCCAGCUUUGUAAUUUAGAAGCUUCCAGUAGCACUAAGUGACUUCUAAAAUAUUGAGAGAGAUAUAUAAACAUCUAUUUUUUUUUUUUUUAUUUAAGGCAUAAGAUAAAUAUGUUGCAGCUAUUUAAAUGUUAUAUUUAUUCAUUGUUAACAAAGACACAGGCUCCCUAUUUUUGCUAAAUCAGACCUUGGAUUAUGAUAUUUUGUAACUUUAUUUACUGUGUUUUCUGAGUAACAUCUAAAUGUAACAUUUAAAAUACAUUUUGUGAAAACUAAACCUUAAUUUGGUGGUUUAAAUGCUUUUAAAGUGUAUGAUCUAGCUGAUUUGUGCAGUACUGUUCCUGACAUAAAAUUUUUAAACAUUUAAAUCUGAAAA